CCCCCAGUCCCAUAGACCCGGCGGGGGCCGGUGGUCGGGCCCGCCGGCGAUCCUCGGCAGCGGAAGAAACGGGCCCCGCGUGUCCGGGGGAGAAGCGGGUACGGCGAAAGAGACGCAGGGGAGGUUUUUAAGGGCAACGUGGAAAGGGGAGUGCUGGGUGUGGCGGCCGAGGAGGGCGGCCGGCGGGGGCCGUGCUUGGGAAACGAGGCGAAGAGCAGAAGGUGGGCGGGCGACCCUCGGAUCUCCCGGGGAUCUCGCCGCCUCUGAGAGCUGUUCACACCUAUGCGCGACUUCGCCGAGGAUCCCGCAGGCGAGCCUUCCGUCCCCCAGCCCGGCCGGCUUACGAAACCGCGGAUCUUGCCCCGGGCGCCGCCUCCUCCUCGGCUCUCCUCUAUGUGAGGUUGCCUUUCCUCCUCCUGCUGGAUGGCGAUUGACCGGCGCCGAGAGGAGGGUGGCGGGGGGGCCCGGCCCCUCCCCGAAGAGAACGGCUCUUUGCCUGCCGGGGAGGCGGACCCGGCCAUUGCAGCUCCGGCCGCACCCCCUGCAGGGGGUCCCUCGGCGGAGAUCCAGAGCCUGCCUCUUCCCACGCCUCCCUCCGGGUCCUGCAGCCCCCUGCUUUUGGAUUACGAUGGCUCCGUGCUGCCCUUCCUGGGGAGCCUGGGCGGCGGGCACCAGAAAACCUUCAUCUUCCUCACCUGGAUCCCCGCGCUUUUCAUCGGCUUCAGCCAGUUCUCGGACAGUUUCCUCUUGGUGCAGCCCAUCUCUUGGUGCAAGGGGACGGAUGGGCAGAGCAACUGGACCGAGUUCCCCCCGCAAACGCCAGCCAGGGGCCUCGCCCCAAGCCCCAGCCCCAGCUACUACAACCACAGCAACCACAGCUACAGUAGGGGGAUCCUGGCCGCCCCGGAACUGCCCACUCCUGAGGGAAAGAACGACAGUUACUGCCACUGCAGUGAGAGGUACCAUCGGAUCCCUGCAGGCCUACAGCAGAAUAUCGUGAGCAAGUGGGAUCUGGUCUGUGACUCUGCCUGGAAAGUUCACAUUGCGAAGUUUUCCCUGCUUGUAGGUUUAAUCUUUGGCUACCUUAUAACAGGAUGUAUCGCUGAUUGGGUUGGUCGUCACCCAGUGCUGCUCUUCUCAGUGUUGCUCAUCUUAAUAUUUGGACUGACAGUGGCCCUCUCAGUGAAUGUGACCAUGUUCAGCACACUCAGGUUUUUUGAAGGGUUUUGCCUGGCUGGAAUAACCCUUUCCUUGUAUGCACUACGGAUAGAGCUCUGCCCUCCUAACCACCGUUUCAUGAUCACAAUGAUAGCAAGCUUAGUAGCAAUGGCAGGACAGUUCCUGAUGCCAGGGUUGGCUGCCCUCUGCAAGGACUGGCAAAUUCUCCAAGCCGUGAUCAUCUGCCCUUUCCUGCUGAUGUUACUGUACUGGUUUAUUUUCCCAGAAUCUCUUCGCUGGCUGAUGGCCACACAACAGUUUGAAGCUGCAAAGAAGCUCAUCCUUCGUCUGACUCACAGGAAUAGAACAAGUGCAGAGUACAAUAUUAAGGGAGUGAUGCCUGAACUAGAGAAAGAGCUUGCCAGGAGACCAAAAAAAGUCUGCAUUGUUAAGGUGGUGGGAACAAGAAACCUGUGGAAAAACAUUGUUGUGCUCUGCAUCAAUUCGCUGACUGGAUAUGGAAUACACCACUGCUUUGCAAAGAGUAUGAUGGGUCAUGAAGAUAAGAUGUCCUUCACCAACAAUUUUUAUGCAGACUAUUACACCAUGGCCAGCAUCACUCUGGUAUCCUGCCUGGCUAUGUGCCCAGUGGUUGGUUUUCUCGGGAGAAGAGGGGGGCUCCUGCUCUUCAUGAUUCUCACAGCACUCGCUUCUCUUUUACAACUGGGCCUUCUCAACUUGAUAGGAAAAUAUAGUCAACUUCCAGACUCAGGUAUGAGUGACACCAUAAAGGACAAAUUCUCCAUUGCGUUUUCCAUCGUGGGGAUGUUUUCAUCGCACGCAGUUGGAAGUCUGAGUGUAUUCUUCUGUGCAGAGAUCACUCCAACAGUAAUAAGGGGUGGUGGCCUUGGCCUCGUCCUGGCUAGUGCAGGCUUUGGGAUGCUGACAGCACCCAUCAUGGAACUUCACAACCAGAAAGGCUACUUCCUCCACCAUGUGAUUUUUGCUUGUUGCACCCUCAUCUGCAUCAUCUGCAUUCUCCUCUUGCCAGAGAGCAAAAACCAGAACCUGCCAGAGAACAUUCCAGAUGGUGAACAUUAUACCCGGCAGCCUCUCCUACCGCAUAAGAAGGGGGAGCAGCCCCUGCUGCUGACGAACUCUGAACUUAAAGAUUACUCUGGCCUCCAUGAUUCGACAACCGUAAAUGAUGGAGUGACCGAGACUGUCACUGCCAACGGGAUGAAAGCAAUGUAGGAGGAAGAGGAGGAGCAUUUAGCUUGCUUCUCGUCCAAGAUUUACAAAGCAUUGAGAAGAAGGGAUGAAUAUACAGGGAAAUUAGACUCUGCUGCUGAAGCCACUUCUAGAAAUCUGUGAUGGGGAUACAAAUUGCUUUGGGGCACAGUUAUGGGGGGAAAUGUAUCUUCAGAAAAACUGGCUGGAGAUCACUGUCCAUUUUUUUCCUGCCAUGAAAUAGUUCUAUUUAUUUUGUUGAGUUUCCCCACGAAAGCACUUUAUUCUGUUCUUCUUCUCUUGUUGACCAUAAACAUGAAGCCAUGUUACUCUCAAGAAAAGCAGCCAUUCCAAGAAAGAAAUCACGAGGUGGUAUGGUUUUGGUUUCAUUUUAUUGUCCAUUUUUGUUUUUAAUAGGGGUAUGAGGCAUCUCUCGCUGCAACAAUGAAUUUGUUGGCUACUGACAUUUUGAGUCAUCUUUUUUUUUCUCUCCAGAUAAUUAAUAUUUCCUCCUUCCAACCUCUCCUAGUCCUACCUACUGUGAAAGUGUGCACGUAAAGCUAAAUUCCAAUCGUGUUUUAAGUAGCAGAAAGAAAAGUUUGGAUCAGAAGCCGUAGGGUAUUUUUAACAGCUCUUAAUCUAGAAGUUGAGGAAUCGACAUGUAAAUUGCUGUUUACAGUAAAAACAAAAAGCACUGCACAAGGAGGUGUUUUUUUUUUCAAGAAGAGGUUAAAUGGAUAGGGUUUUUAAGUGGAAAUAUGUUUAUUGAUGAUUCUUUUAAAUGCCUGCUAAUUAAGAACAAGAAGCCAUUUCAAAACACUCAAUAAUACAAUUAUUUUUUAACUUCAAAAGAAAUAGGUAAUGCUUUUUAGAAAAUUACCUCCAAGCUGAGAAGGGGGGAAAUGAUGGCAAAAUAGUUACUGGCUGUCCCAGAAGCCGUGGGCUGGGAUUCUAGGCAGCCACAACGUCAUCAUACUUGUUCUAAGGAAUGUUUGAUGAUUCUGAUGGAUGACUUAAAGUUCAAAUUUAGGGGGAAAAAUAUAGGCAAAAAUGGGAUUGAAAAGGCCUCUUUAAGAAGACUUUGGAGCACCCUCCAUGUGACAUCCGAGGUAAUUAUUUUUCUAGGUUGCAUAUACUGUCAGCCGGCUACCCUUUUUACUAUAGAAAGCUUACAAAAUGGCCGCCAUAAGUGCACCAACACAAAAGUGCUGUUGUAGGAUUCUUCAUUUUUUUUUUACCCUAUGAUAAAUAAAAGCCAAGACCCAUAUGAUCACUGGGGCUGAAAGCAGAUUCUUAACUCCCUGGUCCUAAGUAUACCUGAAGGUAACUGCUCUUGAAACUCAGCUGCUCCUGCAACAGCUGUGUUUAAGAGCAGCAAGCUAAUGAAACAUAACAUCUCUUCCUUCCUCUUCCCCCUGCUCUUGCUCAAGCCUUGGCUGUUUCAGCAGUGCUUCUUAGGCAAGAGUCACCCAAAGUCAGCUUCAUGCAAGGAGAUCAGUACUUGUGACUAGUUAAACUAUUCUUACUCCCUUCUUUUUAAACUAACAUCACCAUCAUGAGACCGAUUGGCCAACAUGACUGCCAUUUUAAAUCACAGCAGCCAAUGUGGUGAUGUGUAGAGCUCUUCACUUGGUGGCCAUUUUGUUUGAUGUAUAUUUUGCAUUUGUGGGUAAAGUGUUAGGGACCCACUUUUGUGCACCCCUCCUUGUUAUGCCCCUUCUUUCUCACUUUCUUUUUUUCUUUCUGUAUAUCGUCUGCUGACUUCUUCAUAUAUUUUCUUCCUUCUCCUGUCAGACUUGUUUUGUGUAGAUCAGAGGUGGGGAACAAUGGCCCCUUUAUGACUUGUGGACUUCAACUCCUAGAAUUCCUGAGCCAGCCAUGAAAGGGCCAUUGUUCCCCAUCCCUGAUGUAGAUAUAGACCUGCAUCCAGUAGCAAGUAUCACACAGCUUCCAAUGUUGAUAGUACAAAUGGUUCUGCAGAAGAGAUGAGACUUUUGAAAUACUUGAAAAGAGAAAUAAUUGUCAUAAAGCUGCUAACUCUCAUACACAGAAUGAAAAGCAUGGGGAAAUCCUUUGUAAACUCUAUGAGGAGGGAAACAUAAAGCAACUGGGUUGCCCAGCAUCACGAGUCUGGGUUUCCCUCUAAAGUUGCUAGUGCUGGGUUCACCUCAGUAGAACUUGUUUUUCCAGCCCCCUUUUUUUGCACACUCUAGUAACCUGGUUUUAACAACAUGGCUACCCCAUCUCCAUUAAUCUUUGACAUCACAUUGAAAAAAUAAGGCCCUUUGAAUUGUGCAGUAUUCAUGUGCCAAAUUUGUGUGACGCCUUUUGCCUUUUAUAUGAUGCUUGUUAUUAAGUGAUAUGUCAGGAACAGCAAGUUUCUAGUAUAAAUUUAUUUUUCAGUGGAGUGGGGCCUUGUGUUUUUUUGGGGAGGGGGAUUUAUUAUUGACAUCCAGGCUCCAAGUAGACACAGAGCACUUUUGCGGUCUGUAUGCUGUGGAGUAGCUUUUUUUAAUUCCCCACUCCUGUAAAUAUGGUCUUUACUACAUGCACUAAGAUAGGGAAUUUCUUGCAUUUUAUCAUGGUUCAGAGUCCCUGUUGUGUUCAUUCUGUCACCUACAAUCCUCACCACUUUCUGAUGUGAUGCUCCUUAACUUUACAAACAAGCAGAGAAAGAGAGCAAACGGUUGGAGAUUGUAUAUUGUAAGACAAGAGGAGCACUUGGUGAUUUUUUUUAUAAAAAAAAGAUUUGUUUUUAAGAUGUGCUCUUUUAUUAUUUUGGUCUGAAUCUGGUAUUUGGAAUUAAUGUGUUGUUAUUCGUGCACAAGUUUUCCUGCAAUUUGCCUCACUGAAGACUAUCGACUGAGUCCUAAUAGCAUUUUUGUUGAAGAGAAUUUUGUAGAACAUGUUUCUAAUAAAUUAUGUUGCACACCUAAAUUUAAAUUAUUUUUGGAUGAAGUAAGUGGGCAUAAAAUUAUCUGCUGGACCACAGGACUCUACUGAAUGAGCUCAAGUGCAACCCUAGAUUCUGAAGGCUACUCAUAGAGUUUGACCUACCUGAACUUUGAUCCAUUUUCAAGGACUCACAGAAGUUUGUUACAGUUGCAGCGUGGUAGGUCUCUGCUGCUAUCUCCUCCAAUAAUAAACUGCACGUUGCUGGAGGCUUGCUCAUAGCAAACCAUUGGCAAUAUUUUUCCAUAGCAUCCCAUUGAAGUAUUCUUCUUAAGACUGGACUACUACAUACUUGGCCCCCAGGUUGUUUCUGGAAAAUCAACUACUUAUCGCAGCCUAUCAAGCAUUUGGACAGAUCUUCUGUUUUUUACAGCUUUACCAUCGUCCAUAGAUGUUGGCAGCAGUCUCUAAUAUAGAACUGAUUACACGCACACAACCAGAAGUCUGUAACUUUGACAAACUGUCAGGCAGCCACCACACAGGACUUGGCUAUAUUUAUUUAUUGGGCUUUAUUCUGGCCAUAAUAAAUUACAAAUCAAGCAAAGCGUUUUGAUGUUUUAGUUUUUCCAGUGUGUGAAACGUUGCAGGUAUGUGGUGUACAGCUUCAUUCUUCUUGUUAAGUCUGAAAAACAGGUUUUACGGUCUUUCUGCUCUUCAAAACUGAAUGGAGACCAACAAGAAUGAGCCAUGUGCCACAAGGAUCCUUCUCCACCAUACCAUCUAAGCACACAACACUGUCUUAAACUGGCUGGCGUCUGGUUUUUUUUUCCCCCUGUUGUUUUGAAUGGUAAGCCAGUUUGAAUGUUCGGUUGGGACAGAAUGGCAAUACAUGUAUUAAAUCCAGGUUUUAAAAAAGAGUUUAAAAUAUUGUUCUCUAAUAGGAAAAGGCUGAUCAACAAGAACACCGUCACCCAUUGGAAAUGGAAAUGGGAGUGUGUCAUCUGGCCACUCCUUUCAAUGGGUCUAGGUUCAGUAGAUGUGGUAGGAAAUUGUGCCUGCACAUAUACUGCAGCAUCAGUAUGGUUCAACUGACACUACCAUACUCAUGUUAUACUGUGAGAAUGGCUUAAAAAUGAUCGUUUUAAGACUGAUCAUGUAUCCGAUGCCAUUUUGUCCUGUGGAAACCAAGCAACAACACACCAGUGCCACCACGGCCUUUCCCUGCAGCAGCCUUGAAGCUUAACAGUCUGAAGAACCACAGAACGUGCUCUUGUCAGAUCAGCUUCUGCUGCAUCAUCUACAAGCUGUUGCAAUGGGAUGUACAAAAGGGAAUGCUCUCUAGUUGCACAGAUUCCAAGACCAGCUUUAGCACAAGAAUGCCUGAAAACUGACUGCUGCAGAACACAGAUCAAAUCCUUGGUUCUUGCCAAAUUUAGGAAGGGAAAUGGCAUCUCUUGUUUGGCAAUUUCAUAGAAAACCAAAGGAGAGAGAUCUUAAGAACCAUGGCCACCAGACCUUCCAGCUAAGAAGCCCUAGCAGGCUGCCUGAUCCUGGAGGAAAAAAUAAAUAAAUCCUCAUAUUUAUCUAAACAGGGAGACCAUCAGUAUCUGUUCUGUCCACUUCCAUUUUUCUACUUCUGUUUUCGGUAAUUCAAGUUCAGCCAUUUUUUGGGAGGUAUAUUUGUAGCCUUGAAAAUAAUUUAUUAGAAACCUUUUUAAUAGCAAGAAAGCUCAGAUCAAAAUUGGACAUUCCAAGACUUUCUGUGCCAUUUAUCAAAACUUUUUGAAAAUGGUGCAGAGAACCUUGUUAUGGGGUCAUUGUAAGAAUGAAUUCUUGUGAAUAUUCUGAAUUGUUGGCUCAGUUUUGUUUUGUUGUUUCAAUUACCAACUAUUUAUGUCGCCAGAUCCUAAAGCCAAACUAAAGAGAAAAAAAGUCACCAAAUUCAGAAGUGCCAUUAAAAAUGAACUCUGAAUGUCAUAUCAAGUUGCAUCUAUAGCUGGGACAGAAAGACAACAAGUGUUGAAUAUGGUUCACACUUGAUUUU